AUGUCUGACGAAUUAAGCAAACUCAAGACCCAGGUGGAAGAACUUCAACAGCUAGUGAAGAAACAGAACUUAUUGAUCAGCAAGACAGGACAAUCUGUGCUUGAGCUGCAAGUUGCGAAACAGAAAAGUGACGUUGAGGACUUUGAUUCUCAGUACACCGGUUUCAACAAAAAGGGGAAAUCUGGAUCUGCUGUGCACGAUGAUACCACCAACUUUGCCACAAACGAGGAUUUGGUGCAGCUAGUGGGCGAACUACAGGGCCAAUUAGAAUCCAUCGAGGAGAGAUCGAUCAGAAGACUGGUUAACUCCACCAAAGUGGACAAAAAGGACUACCUUGCGCCAUUGCCCAAUUCUGACGGUGAAACCCCAAAGACCACCGAAGGCUUCUUCCCAAGGUCCCUGGGUGAUUUCGAAACCGUUUCAGAUGUGGAUCUGUUCAGAUUGGCGAAGUUUUACGAGCUUCUCGCGCCAAGUUUGAAAGAGCAAGAAAAAUUCGACGACUACCUGGAGGGCAAGCUCGACAAUUUCCACGUUGGCGAUUUGCCUGAAGCUGACAUCAAAAAGGAGCUCGAGAAUUUCUCGCCAGACCAGCUGAUUGAAACUUUCAACGAUGUCGCAAGAUUCCUAGGUGUGAAGUCCAGAAGAGGUACCGACAUCUGGUAA